GGCUGUAUACUAUAAAUACAAGCAGCAGCACAGUACGACAGUAUGUUUGUACGAAGAAGUUGACAGCAGCUUUUCUACUUGAAGAUCACUUCCCAAUUCUACAUUAAGCGAUCAUGUCUUCCAUUGUAUCUACUUACCCAGAUGAUAGUCAGGCAUCAAAGUUCUGGCAGAAAUCGAAGGAGUCUCCAUUUGUUCCAGUUGGCAUGGCAGGUUUUGCUGGGAUCGUAGCCUUUGGCCUGUACAAGAUGAGGACUCGAGGAAACACUAAAAUGUCUGUCCAUCUUAUCCACAUGCGUGUGGCAGCUCAGGGAUUUGUUGUUGGAGCAAUGACUAUUGGAGUUGUUUACUCAAUGUAUAGAGACUUCUACUUGAAGCCACGAGAGCAAGCAAAAGCCCUGAUGGAGAAAUAAGUCUGUUGGAACGUUUUUAGCAAUAUAUGUUUUUUUUGUUUUGUUUUUUGUUAACUAUAGUAUGUAGUAUUUGUUUUAAUAAGGAAAUGUAAUUUAAAAAAGACAUACAGCGUUUAUCAUGGGCCUUCGGGUGAGUUUGUUAUACUUUAGCUGCUCACUGCCUAUAACGUUAACGCUGUCAUGUGUUUAUUUUUAUUACCUAUCUUGUUUAUGACCUGAAUGCCUACAUCAAUAGGAACAUACUGUGUGUGUAUAUUGUAUGUUGCCAUUGAUACAGAAUGUUAUAUUCAAAAUAAUAACAGUAAUCCUUGUAAUCUUCAUGUUCAGGUGUAGGUACGUGCACAAAUCCAUAUUUUAUAUACUGUACAAAUUCCUACAGCAUGACGUUCCCUGGUUGGAAGCUUUAUUUAAAAACAAACAAGCACAAUAUGAAGGAAAAUCAAUUCUGAAUUAAAAAUAAAGACACAGACAUUGGACCAAACAAUGACAAGAACUCAGAAACAGUGAUGUUCAGACCAAUUCCAGUUAGAACUGAAGGUGCUUUUAAAAGAGAAAGACAAUGAAAAUAUAAGGCAGAAACCUAUAAACCUCACACAUUUGUGUUCCGUGAGCAAAAUGAAAUAACACAAUACAAAAAUAUCCAUUAUGCAUAUUUUUAUGAGAGUGUUAAUGUAAAACCACAUAACCAUUUCACUCAGUAUAGGUUUUGUCAGAAAAUAUCACACAUGCAUCACUCUUGCAUUACUGCCCCAAACCAACUUGAGACAUAUAUUAUUGUGUAAUAAUGUAUUUUGACCCAUACAUUACUGCACUGAAGACUGUAGUGGUCUGUGGUAUUUGGUUUAAUAAUGCUGAACUAGUUAUUGCAGUGGUGGUUUUAAACUAAAUAUAGAGGAGAUACUGAAGGGUCUGUGUGGGUAAACGGGACCAUGCAUGUUUUAUACAGCACAUUACAUAUAUGUCCUAGACACCUGAUGGCUGUUUUUACAGUAAUACAGGAUAAAUGAAUACUUCAGUGUUAUAAAAACCACCACCCUUUUCUCUACCUAUCUGCAAACUCAUAAAUAAUGAAUAGGGAGCAUUACAUACCUACAUUUCAUGUAGUGCCUUUUAUGAUAGAUACUGUGUAAUCUUCCUCAAUGUGCUAUAGUUAGAACAAUGCUUACCUGAUACUUUCAUUUCAAAAACUUUUUUGUAUGUUUUUAAUCAAAUAUAUUAUGCCUGAGGAAGAUGCACUGUAUAUGAACCUGUGUGAGGGAACCCUCAGUGGCCUUGCUCUGUCUAGUUGUAUCUGAAAGUGUGACACUGUUUUAAAUACUGUGCUAUGUGUUACAGUUGUGUAUAUGAUGCUCUGUAUACAUUGUUUUAGUUCAUGUUCUUGUGCUCAAGUUGUAUGUUCUGCAUUCCUAUGAAACAAUGGUAACAAGUUAAAUUUUAACAUUAAAUUUGUCUAUUUAUUUGCCAGUAGAUGUACAUUAAAGUUAUGAGAUACUUUAAGGUUA